UGCACCUCUCAAGCAUAUUUAAUAUAUUAUAUAUGAAUAAAAAAAAUAUAUAUUACACCCCCCUCCCAUAAAUAUAUAUAUAUAACACAUAUAUAUAUAUAUUAUAUUAUAUAUAUUAGAUGAGAAAAUAGUCAAACAUUUUUAAGUGAUGGCGUUAAAAAAGGUAAAAGGAACUCUGGAAAGAGUUUUGGACAAAAAUUUACAGGACCUCGUUCGUGGAAUUCGUAAUCACAAGGAAAAUGAGGGUGCUGAUGCAAAAUACAUAGCAGAAUGCCUGGAUGAAAUAAAACAAGAGCUUCGACAAGAUAACAUGGCUGUGAAGUCCAAUGCUGUAAACAAAUUAACAUAUCUUCAAAUGCUUGGUUAUGAUAUUAGCUGGGCUGCAUUCAACAUCAUAGAAGUAAUGAGUUCUUCAAAGUUUACAUUUAAGCGAAUUGGCUAUUUAGCAGCAUCACAAAGUUUCCACGAAGGGACUGAUGUUUUAAUGCUAACGACAAACAUGAUUCGAAAGGAUUUGAACAGCCAGAACAUGUACGAUUCUGGCGUUGCCUUAAAUGGAUUGGCUUGUUUUAUAUCUCAGGAUCUUUCCAGAGACCUUGCAAACGACAUUAUGACUUUAAUGACAUCGACCCGGCCUUAUCUAAGGAAGAAAGCUGUCCUUAUCAUGUACAAAGUAUUUCUUCAGUUUCCUGAAGCACUUAGACCUGCCUUCCCUCGGUUAAAAGAAAAGCUAGAGGAUCCUGAUCCUGGUGUCCAGUCUGCAGCUGUGAAUGUGAUAUGUGAACUUGCACGGAAAAAUCCUAAAAAUUAUCUUUCUCUGGCACCUCUUUUCUUCAAACUGAUGACCAGUUCUACUAAUAACUGGGUACUCAUCAAGAUAAUCAAACUGUUUGGUGCUCUCACUCCACUUGAACCUCGACUUGGAAAAAAAUUGAUUGAACCACUCACAAAUUUAAUUCACAGCACAUCAGCAAUGUCCUUACUUUAUGAGUGCAUUAAUACGGUGAUAGCAGUACUUAUUUCUAUAUCUACAGGCGUCCCUAAUCACUCAGCAUCCAUACAGCUAUGUGUUCAGAAAUUAAGGAUCUUAAUCGAAGAUUCCGAUCAAAAUUUGAAAUAUCUGGGUUUAUUAGCGAUGUCCAAAAUCUUGGCUACUCAUCCCAAAAGUGUUCAAGCUCACAAAGAUCUCAUUCUUCAGUGUCUUGAUGAUAAAGAUGAGUCAAUAAGGCUUCGUGCACUGGAUCUCUUGUAUGGAAUGGUUUCAAAGAAAAAUCUGAUGGAAAUAGUCAAGAAGUUGAUGAUUCAUAUGGACAAAGCAGAGGGUUCUCACUAUAGAGAUGAGCUGUUAUCCAAGAUUAUAGAGAUCUGUAGCCAGUCAAAUUACCAGUAUGUCAUCAAUUUUGAAUGGUAUGUCAGUAUAUUAGUAGAACUGACUAGAAUGGAAGGCACAAGGCAUGGGAAACUUAUUGCUAGUCAAAUGUUGGAUGUUGCUAUACGGGUCCAAACUAUUAGAGAUUUUGCUGUUCAGCAAAUGGCUGUUUUGCUCGACAACUCUCAUGUACUUGCAUCCAACUCUCAAAGAAAUGGUAUUUGUGAAGUGCUUUAUGCUGCUGCUUGGAUAUGUGGCGAAUUUUCUGAGUAUUUGAAAGAUCCAAAGUCUACUUUGGAAGCUAUGCUUCGCCCCAAGAUUACCGCUUUACCAGGUCAUAUUCAGAGUGUGUAUGUUCAGAAUUUAGUGAAAUUAUAUUCCAAUAUCUUGAAGAAAGCAGAAGAAGAAGAAGAUGAAGCCACAAUGAAAGAAACUGGUCAGAUGCUUCUGGAUAAACUACCAAUGUUUAUACAGAGCGCUGAUCUUGAAGUUCAAGAGCGGGCUUGUUGUGUUUUGCAAUUGGUUAAAUAUGUUAUGAAACUUCAAGAAAAAGGAAAUCAUUUAGCAGAGGAAAUAGCGUGUUUGUUUUCUGGAGAAUUGAAUCCUGUUGCAUUAAAGGCUCAAAGAAAAGUGCCUGUUCCUGAUAAGUUGGAUCUGGAUCGUUGGAUCAAUGAGAUUCCAUCUGACAGUUCUGAUGAAGAAAUCAGAGGCACAUCCUUAUUUACAACAACAGGAGACGACCACAAAUCAACUUAUAAAAAUGAUGUUAAAAAGAUAGCUGAACCAACUGAAGAAGAACUAGAAAGGCGACGUGAACAAAGGCGAAUUGAACAAAUGCAUAAUCCUCAUUAUUUGAAAGAUGAUGGAAAAAGCAAAAGUAAAAGAUAUGAAUCCAUCAAUAUUGAAGACAUUCCUGUCGCAGAUAUUGAUCUGUCUGUGCCUUUACAUGUCCCAGAUUUAAGACGGUCUUCAGGUCUUUCCUCUUCAGACAAGUACUUGAAGCUGGGAAACAGUAUGCUCGAUGGUACAACCCACCAACCAGUUGGAAGCUCUACAACCAGUGGUAAGAAGUCUAAGAAAACAAAGCGGAAGAGAGAAAGGAAAGGACAACAUUAUUCUGAUACUGAUGAGGAAGAAGUAGAUGGCUCUGUGAAUGCAGUUAGCACUGUGAUGGACAUGCCAGAGGGUGCUCAUUUAUCAGAUAAAGAUGAUGAUGACAAGAAUGCUGAUGAUCCUCACAGAAAACUGAACAUUGAUCUUGACGAGCCAUUACGUGAAGAUGAAAAGUUACCUGUACGAACACACCAUGUAGUUUUAGACUAUAAUAACCUGGAAGAAGUUGGAGUUGAUACAUUAGAGUUGGAGAAACAAAAGAAGAAAAGCAAAAAGGAAAAGGACAAGAGUAAGAAGAAGAAGAAGGAGAGAAAGAUUCAGAAAAAAGAAUUAAGUUCUGCAUCUUUUGAUGAUAAUAGAGUAAAUGGAGAAACUAAUAUAAUCUCUGCUCAUGGCAAAGAUUCGUUACCCUUGCAGCUGCCCGCAGAAGAUCCCCAAGCACAACAUGAAGAUUUAGAGUUCUGGUUAUCUGCUGGAGAUAUUUCUGCUGCUCACUCAAGGAAUCAAGCAAAGAUAGAAACGGUCAAUUCUGUUACAUUACCAGUUUCUGGCCGAGUUCAAACAACUGAUUCUAAAGAUAAUAAUCAUUUGAGUACCGAAAAACAAAAGAAGAAGAAAGAGAAAAGGACAAAAGAGAGGAAGAAGGAAAAGAAAAAGAAAGUCGAAGAAGAAAAAAACCGUAGUGAAUACGAAGAAGCUGAAGGUGUCGCUACUCCGUCUAAAGAAUACCUGCCUCCAUCUGAGCAGCAAGAUUCAGUUAAAUUUGAUUCCCCUCCUAUGUCAAAUUACCGAAGAUUAGCUGGAAAUGAGUCUCUGAAAAUGGUCUAUGAAACGCGAGUGAGCCAACAGCGAAGUGAUCAAAUAGUGAUAUCUGUGAUAUUUACCAAUCAGUCUUCUAAUCACAUAAAAGAUAUUGAGUUCAAUGUCCUUAACACACUCAAUGCACGAUUAAUACGAACAUUUGGCUCAGAUCACGACCCAGUAAAGGUGCCCUUUUUAUUACUUCCAAAUAGUCAAAAUGAAGGUCAGUUUGCAUUUAGUAUACAGAAUAUUACAAUGCCACAGAAAAUGAAGGGAACACUUACUUAUAUAAUAAAGACUGCUGAAGGGUCAACACAUGAAAAACUUGACUUUAAAAUCUGCUUUCCAUGUUCUUCUUACCUUAUUGGUACUCAAUGUAAGGGAUCAAGUUUUGCAUCACUUUUGAGCAAUGGACAAUUGUCUGCAAAAACUAGCACAAAGAUUGAAUUACCUGAUGAGGACUUUUCUCAUAUUUUGGCCAAGUUAUGUUUUCACCUUCACUUUACAAUUGUUGAACAGGUUGAUCACAGUGCAUCCCUAUAUAGUAGGUCUAUUCAAGAUCACCAUGUUUGCUUGCUUGUUAAAUAUUUGCCAAAUAACCAACUGAACAUUGAUGCUAAAAGUUCUGAGUCUAUGUUGCUUUCUAAUAUAAUUGAUGACAUCAAAGCAAUUUUGAGUAUGACAACCCAAUGACACAGCAAUACCAGUUCUUCACAGUGAUGGCUACACUAAUACAAGUGGCAGUUGUUCUGGUUAUCUUCAAUGGUAUUGCUUUGAAAUAUCAUCUCUAAAAGAUAGUUGUUUCAGACUCUGGUACACCUUGUUUGAAGUCUAAUCUGUUUCACAUUACGGGAAGAAUGGUGGAGGAAAAAGCAGUAUUUGUCUACAAGUUCAUAGUUUAUCAAAUGACGAUGGUUUUUGUUUUUUUUUUUCAUCAUUGAAAGAUAAUAUUGUUUGUUUUACUAUUUCUUGAUAAGUUUCCUUCAAAAUAUUAUUUUGUUUCAUAAUUAUUAGAAAGCAUUUCAAAUGAAUUUCAACCAUGGCAAAAGAACCCCAAAGUCUAGGAAUAAAAGUGUCAUAUCUCUGUUGCAUACUUCUUUAUAUUCCUUGUUAGUUUGUUUGACUACUUUUGACUGGAUUUUUAUAUUUUCUUUAACAUUUUUUUCUAUGCAAGUUUAAAUAAUUUAAUUAUGUAAAAAUGAUUUUAUAAUUUCUCAAAAGUUUAUGUAUUUUCUUUUAUUUUAAUAGACUAGAGUUUUUUUUUGUUUUGAUUACAGGAGAAUUUUAUUUAAUUUUUUGCCUAAAAUGUCUAAAAUUCAAUUGAAAGAAAUUGGUCCUCUUUGUCCUUUUGUGAAGGAGAAUCUUAAUGACAUAUCUUAAACGUAAAGUCUUUCCUGGUGUAUGGCAAAAACAAGAAUCAUUUGUCUCUGAAGAAUUGAAUUGAAUUAAAAAAUCGUCUUUGAAAACCUAUUCAGUAUUAAACAGAGACAUAGCACUGCAGCAUUUGUAUUUCUCACUGUAGGUUCUGAUUUCAAAUUCUUUUCUAAUUCUAAUAAAGUGAGGAGCCAGUAGCACACCAGGUUGACUGUUGAGGCAAUUCAUUCUUCUGCUAUCCUAAAAAAAUUGACCGACAGUCUAAGUAAGAAAUCAGCCAAAUAGAGCCAAAGAAUUUCCUCUUCUCCAAGACUGUGAUCUAAAUAACAGUUUAGGCUUUAUUUAGACUGGAUCUAGUUUCCCUAUUUAUAUCUCUGACUUCAUCGUGUUAUUUUCAAGAAAUAGAAAACUUUAAAAAAUAUUGAGUUGAUUUAUUUGUUUUAUAUAUUUAUGUUCUUAGAAGUAAGACAGCAGUAUGAAUUAACAAAUAUAUUUUCAAAUAGUUAAAUAUAUAAAAAAAGAAAAAAAACUAUAAAGCUACAAAUAACAGCAUGUAAAUACUGGGUCGGGGAAUCCUUUGGGUUGUAAAAGUCAAAGGCUGCCUGGUUUUUUAAAUCCAAUAUUUACACACUAUUAUUUGUAGCUUUAUGUGUUUCAAAACUCAU